AUGUCAGAGCUGCGCAUCUCCGCCUCCGGACCGGAAUUACUGAUCGAGAUCACCGCAACCAGUAUUCCGAGUGACACUCGGGUCAGGAAGUUUAGAGCGCCUCCGCCGUGCACCGCGAAACCCUGUUUAGUCUUCGUAAGCUUCGUAGGUCAGGCUUUUCCCGUCAUCUCAUCUCGUCUCAUCUCAUCUCAUCUCCUGUCGUAUCCUCCAUUCCGAUGA